CGCAGCGAUCAGCUUGGCGGCCGUGGGAGCCGGAACGCGAUGGACGGCGCAUCUAACAAGGAAAAACGCGCGAUCCAACCACCAGCUAUCGAGAUCUCUUCAGCCAUUUGUGACUCCCAUCAUUCGCUACGUCGCGCGUCCGUUACGUCGUGCGCGUGAGCGUGCAAUCUCCCUGCAGCUGAUGCGACUUGAUGAGCGCGACCCGCCGCCCACAUCCGACACAUGGUCCGAAGACAUCCUCCACAGCGGAUAGGCCCCAACCCUGUCUAUCCGACGAGCCUCUGAGCACUAUCUCGUGUUGCCUCUCGCCAAAGUAGGCCCGGCAUGACUCGGCCCAAGGUACCGCCUGAACAGCGACAGCGCACCGCACAGGCAUGCGAAAGCUGCAAGCGCCGUAAACAAAAGGUCCGUCUCUUGCUCAAAUCCCAUAUUGGCCUCAUAAGCGAGCAAUUCCCAUCCUGUCGGCUUUUGCCGACACCCCUGCCAGCCACUGUACUGUGUAAACCCACCGUCGUACAAGCUGCUCCUCUGCUGUACUGUCUCUGUUUGGCCCACUCAGCUCCCGGAAAUCAUCUUCCACCCAUGGCUCGAUCUUCUUGCUCCACUUGUUGUUUGCGCCUUCUCUUAGAUCCAAGCCCCCCUCCGCCUGUUCGAGUAGUGACCGCAGAUCACAAUGCUUCAUACCCACCCAGCUUGUACGACAGUCUAAAUCCUUCUCUUUUCACUGUAACUUGGGAUGGCAUUGCCGCCAUCCCAUUGGCUUUGUCCUUCCGUACCCUUUUACGUUGAACCCGCCGCGGCCCGUGGCGUUGAUGUUGGGAAACUGAUUCGGAAAAG